AUUGACGGCGCGAUCCACAGAAACGAGCCCCAGCGAAGCGACGAAGCGACGACAGAGGGGCAUGCCGGAGUCUCCUUUUCUCAGCGGGCAAAGUGCAGAAUUCAAGGAGUCCGAUUGAGCUCAGGGAGGUCCCGGCCCAGUUCUACCGUCCGACAACUCGCCCGAUUUUCGGCGGAACCGCGCGAGGGAAGACAAGAUGGCGUUGGCAGCACCGACGAUGAGGAUGGCGUCCUCCAGCUACUUCCUUCCGAAACUCCUUGCCCCGGCAGUCUUUCCGACAUCAAGGAUACAACUUCAGGUCCGGCAGCUGUCGCUUCCGCUGUUCCCGUCUCUCACACUCGCCGUCCCCGUUGGCCUGCAGCUUGGCCUGCCAUCACUACCAUCCAUUCUCGAGGGGAUCUGGGAGUCGAUCCUCAGGGCGGUGCCGAAGAAAAAGACCUCGCACAUGAAGAAGAGGCAUAGGCAGAUGGCGGGCAAGGCGCUUAAGGACACGACGUCUCUGUGCAAGUGUCCUGCAUGCGGGGAGAUCAAGCGGAUGCACUAUCUGUGCCCGCACUGCACAGCGAAGCUAAAGGAGUUGAUGAACCAGGCGGCUCAGGCGAAGAAAAGCUGAGGGGAGACUCAACAGGAAGUGGAAUGUACGAGGCGCAUUGCCGAGGCGGAGGGAGGAUUAUGCUGUGCGCCGAUGGCGCUUCGGGCAUAUCCAACCGCGCGAGUUAUGUACGGAGCCUGGGGAAAGAUCUGGUGUACAUAUAUUGUAACAUUAUUAGGGGUCUUGUUGCGCUCUAUACCGGUGAUGCUUACUCGGGAGGGAGCACCCAGCCUCCGACAGGCAAUUAGAAGAGGCCAGCGGCAUGAUCGGAAUGGAAGGGGAAGUACUCCG